CGGAAGCGAACCGGGUUGGAAUAAGGCGGGAACUGAGCUCUUCUGAGGGAGCCCCGUUCACCAACGAAGCCAGUCGGCCAGUGCUUUUUUCAACAACUAUGGAAUCCUGGGAUUUGUAGUUUGGUGAAAUACUCACCUUCUUUGUCAGGAAGCUCUGCCGCCACACAAACUUACAAACCUCAGAAUCCUAUCGGCCGGCCGUGAAAGCGGCGCCAAAUGGCGUUAAUUCCGCUGUGGCAAAACGGGAGCCGCUCUAGCCGUCAUCUGUCUAUGGCCCCCAACUCUAUGGCGGGCGAGGAGGAUCCACUUCCGGGACGCCGGGAGGCUCGGGCCGGGUUUAAGCGGAGAUUGAAGAGAGGACUGAGGCCCACUUCCGCCGCCGGCGUCUCGGGCCCCGGAAGCUCUUGGCCCCCUGACGCUCUCGCUUCCGCGCCCUUUGGCCCUGCAGGAGGCGAGACUGCAAGCCCCAGCAUCCCCAGCCAGGGCAAGUUGCUUUUUCAGGCUGGUAAAAAGCUGGGCUAAGGCUGCCUCCAGACUGCUUUAAUUCUUUGUCAGCCUCUAGGCUAUGGAAUUCUGGGAGUAUGUUGUGGUGGGAGCUCCACCUCCCAGAAUUCCAUAGCCUUUGAGCCAGAGAACACGUGGAAGCGGGGCCAUAGUGGGUUAUUGGUGCCAAACUGGGUCCUUUGGUCCAGGAGGGACUUCACCGCGGCCUCCAUUUUGCGCAGGACCCUCGGCUGAGCAUCAGAUGGAAGACAUGUCCACGCUCUUCCCGUCCCUCUUCCCCCGAGUGACCGAGGCGCUGUGGUUCAACCUGGACCGUCCUUGCGUGGAUGAGAACGAACUGCAGCAACAGGAACAGCAGCAUCAAGCCUGGCUGCAGAGCAUAGCAGAGAAGGACAACAACUUGGUCCCAAUUGGCAAACCUGCCUCUGAGCAGACGUAUGACGAGGAGGAAGAGGAGGACGAUGAAGAUGACGAGGACAGUGAGGAAGACUCGGAGGACGACGAGGACAUGCAGGACAUGGACGAGAUGAACGACUACAACGAGUCUCCGGAUGACGGGGAGAUCAACGAGGUGGACAUGGAAGGAGCUGAGCAGGACCAAGACCAGUGGAUGAUCUAGCCUCUCAGGAGAUGCAUAUCCAGCUCUUGGAUCUUCCUGGGAAACGGAGGCAGGCCAGGCCUUUUGCAAAGCAGGCUGGCUGAAGGGGAUUGCCCAAGCUUUCUCCCUGGAAAGAAGGUUCCAUGCUUCCCCCGUUUGCUCCCUGGAAAACCUUGCUGCGGGACUUCCUUUGGUGCUCAGCACUUUGGGACCAGAUGAAAACUUUGGGGUGAGAAAGGAAAGGGUUUUUGGUCCAGAGUAGGAUGGGAUGAUAUGCCUUUUGCCUCUCUUUGUUCUUUCUCUGUGUGUUCAUUCUGCUCUCAGUGGAAACUGUUUUAUCAAUAAACCUGUUUGUUACCUGA